AUGUCUUCCAGUCUGAAGCCCAUAGAGCCCAAGUCGGCACGGUGGGAACCGACAUCUGAUCCUAACGACAUCAUCGUUCCAGGACUUGACACCAAUGCGCCAGUAAAUGACCAGAUCGAGCAGAUUGAGCAGCUCAUUACCAUCAAAUUGCAGAAUGUCGACGCGAAUUUCUCGAAAAUGCAGCAUAUCAUGGCUAACAGAAUUCUGCCGGCGGUGAAGCGGUACGCUGUCGCGACUGAGCCCGUGCGAGAGGCGGCAAGAUUCUGGACAACCUUCUUUGAACAAGCAGCCCAAAUACGCGUACCAACCUAUGAAGACUAUAGUUCUCUGCAGGAGCAGCCAGAGCAGGAGACGAAUCCGGAGACAGACACAGACACAGCGCAGGGAGACGCGUCUGAAUCUGAAUCUAUGACUUCGGACACACAAAAGACUCCCACUCGGUCGCACCACACGUUCAAUUCCGAAGGACCCUCAUCUGAUGUCUCCUUCCUACCUCAAGGGGCCGUCUCCUCUACGCCCGCUACAACGUCACGUCAUCGCACAAUGCAAUCCAACGAUAGUUUCGCGAGCCAGGGCUCAGAUCCCACGCCAUCAUGGACAGUAUCUCUCGAGUCGCCACUCGUUCGGCUAGAUCGCGAGAUUCAGGGAUUAGCGCAGGAGGACGAGAUCUCUCAUCGCACUGCAAGAUAUGACGAGACACAAGAAGCUUCUCAACGGCAAAUACCGCCGCCGAUACCGGAGGAGCCUUCUACCGUACGACGCGCGCCGGACAACGGCAAAGGCAAAGGGCGGGAGACGCAAAAUGACCCGCCCCCUUCCCGAGGUGCCGAGCCGCUCUUGCAGAAUGUCCUUCUUCGUAAUGCUAGCUUCGUCGACCGCACGAUUACUAGUCCCCGGAAGCCUGCCGUGUCGCCAUUGAAAGUCAAGCCAAGGACGCCGCAUUUGAAGAGCAUGAAUCCAUACCUUCCCCUGGGCGGCAAGCCUAUAGACUGGAAAGGAGUCGUUGACCUCGCAGACCCGUCUGUCGCGACGCCAAGGAAGGGAAAUAUAUCCUCGAUGUUGGAUCCCCGUGCGCGACCCACCUCGCAAGCGCAGUCUACAACUCCACGCUUUAACGCAGACGACUCUUUUGACAUGGACUUCGGCAUGUCCCCUCCAGUCACGAUGGACUUUGCGCGUCUCCCGGCUUUGGGAAAAACUCCAAAGAAAGAAGCGGCCGAACGAAUAUUGAAGAACAUCCUGGAUGUUGAGAAGCAAGGUAUAUUCGCGGGGGCGCAAGGUGCAGGUCGGGGUGCCAAAGGUAGUGGAGCAGAGUCGACUGCGAGCUCGAUGCCAACCCCGCCAUCGCUCUCCAGGUAUCAUCCAAACCCACUUGGUUCUGAGACGAGUGGAAGCGUAGCGGAUGCGAGCUUGGAGAGCAUGAUGCGCAGAGUGGGGCUUGCACUUCCAGGUUUCGCCAUUCCGUCUGUACCACGUACAAGAUCCCCAACCCGAACUCCACCUUCGCCUCCAACUCACGAAGAUCUGCAGACGCCUGUGCAGCCGAUAUAUGACAUGCGACAUCUGCAGGAUGACGAACUGCAAGGUGAUGUCCUCGAGAUGGAGCAGGAAGACUCGCUUGAUUCACUGGAUUCGUUUGACGAGGUCAAUGACACUGCUAAUCCCUCCGCUGCUUUCCUCUUUGCCUCUCAGCGCGCCGCGGCAUUCAACGAUGACGAUGACGACUCAUUCGCCUCCGACGUCAUCGACGACCUUCCAGAGGGAAGCAGUCUAGAGCCCGUCCAUCCAUUCGCACGCGGACUGGCUGCGGACUCUUUCGAUGACGACGACUCAUUCGACGAUCAACAAUACACACAGAAUCCGGAAGAGGAAACAGUUUUUGGCGUCGCUCCCGCGCAGAGGCUACAAAUACAGCAAGCACGAGAAUCGGCAGGUCAGAACCUGAGAAUGCUGGGGGCAGAUUUGCUGCAAAAUACUAUUGGCAUCAGCACGCAGGCAGGAAGAGUUGAGGAAACGCCCACCCCUUUCCUCAACGGGCGAUAG